AUGGAGAAUUGCGUAGGCGUUGGGGCAGGGAGCCAGGCUUCGGGUGUGGUCGGGUUGGGGCUUGGUUGGAGGUGGCCAGUGCACGAUCAUCCCAGUUUGCUCGUGGAAGUGCUGGCCGCUGCAGGCGAUACACAGCUUCGGGCGCCAGCGAUGGGAGCUCGAUGUCCGAAGCGGCGAGCUAUUUUUAAGGGCGUAUCUGCUUGUGCUGCCGUUGUUGCUGAUGCGUCGAUAAGAAUCAGCAGAUACGGGCGUCCGCGACGUAGUACAGCGACUCGAGGUCGAAGUGGUGGACGUCGCGAGGGGGACGCAGCGAGCAAUGUUGCUGACGAAAGCAGCCUGUCUAGCAUGGUUAAGAGCCGAAAGAGUUUAGAUGAAUGCUGUGAAGGGUGGCGUGCUUGUAAACGCCUCCAAAGCAGCCUUGGCGGUCACCUGAAAAUGUGGAUGAGCGCGGUGAACCGUUCGGGCUUGCUUGAAGACGAGCGGCCU